UUUGACAACACGUGUUAUAAUCCUAACCUCACUAUUGCUUGCAAGUUCUAUUUGUAUUUAUUUUAAUUAAAUUGUUUUAGGGGCCCAAUGGAGCACCCCACUUUAAAAAACAUCACGAAUCCAAAUUUCGGAAAACCCCCGGAGAGUCAGAACGAGUUUCUAAAGAGAAAUGGGGCCCCCCACGUAACCAGUUUCAACUACAUGGUGGACCAGGGCCUAAAUAAGGCAAUCGAAAACCUCACCCCCGUAGAAUUCGAGGUGAACGAGCGUAGAAUCAAGUUGGAAAUAAUAGGGUUUGAGUUGGGCCAGCCGCAGGUGCCUUUUGGCACUGUUGGCGUAAGGAAUAACUUAAUUUUCCCCACGGAGUGUAGGCAAAGAAAUGCUACUUAUGGCGGGAAAUUUCUUGUGGAGGUCAAUUGGUACAUUGACGGACAGAUUCAGCAACCUUUUGCCAAAGAUUUGGGAAAUAUACCCAUUAUGGUGAAGUCAAACAGAUGUAAUUUAGCUAACCUGAGCCCUGCAAAUUUAGUGAAAUGUGGCGAACAUGAGCAAGAAUGGGGCGGGUAUUUCGUGGUGAGUGGCCUAGAGAAAUUGGUUCGUAUGCUUUUAAUGACCAGAAGAAAUUACCCCAUAGCGAUUAAAAGGUCAGGAUGGAAGAUGAGAGGGUCAUUGUUUUCCGAUGUCGGGGUUUCUAUAAGGUGUGUCAUGGAGGAUCAAACUGCAACCACAAACGUUUUGCACUUUGUGACCGAUGGGAGUGCAAAGUUUAUGUUCAGCUAUCAAAAAAUGUUGUACUAUGUUCCCUUAUGUUUAUUGUUGAAGUGUUUAUGCGACUAUACUGAUCAGUAUAUUUAUCAGAAACUGAUUGAGGGAUGCGAGGAGGACUUGUACUAUGUAGACUGCUGCCAAAACAUGCUUAGGGCCAUUCAUUUGGAAAACCUGCACACACAUGAGGAGUGUAAGUCUUAUUUGGGGCAAAUGUUUAGGGUGAAAUUCUACGAGUGCCCCGAGUGGUUUACGGACCUCGAAGUGGCCGAUUUUAUGCUUAAGAAGUGUAUUCUGUUCCAUUUAAGUUCAAACGAAGACAAAUUCAAUUUGCUAGUGUUUAUGGCUAAAAAGCUGUUUAAUUUUGCCCAAGACAAGUGCAAAGUCGAGGGGGCGGACGCGGUAAUGAUGCAAGAAGUACUACAAGGGGGGCACUUGUACUUGCAAAUAAUCAAAGAAAAAAUGCAAAGUUGGCUGACCAACUUGAGGUUAAGCGUCCAGCAACUAGCAAGAGGGAACAAAUUCAGUUUUUCCCAAGCGGACAUUCUGAGGGCGGCCAAAAUGUCCGGGGGCAUCGAGACCAGCCUGAGACUGUUCCUCGCUACCGGGAAUAUCAGGAGCAUUAGCGGACUGGGCCUCAUGCAGGACAAGGGAUUGUGCAUUAUCGCCGAAAAUAUCAAUCGGAUGCGGUACAUGUCGCAUUUUAGGGCUGUACACAGGGGGGCAUUCUUUCAAGAAAUGCGUACAACCGAAGCCAGACAACUGCUGCCGGACGCUUGGGGGUUCAUUUGCCCCGUACACACCCCCGACGGUUCCCCCUGCGGACUCUUGAACCAUCUGACUAUGGAUUGCGUCAUUACCGACGUACCGGAUAAAAAUAAAGUGGAAAAUAUCGGUUCGUUGCUAGUCGAAAUGGGGAUGUACUCGCUGAAUCACGCGGGGAAAAUGGACUUAAAAAAUUGCUACGUUGUACAGCUAGACGGCCGGAUUAUCGGUUAUAUUUUACAAAGUCAGGCCUCGAGGAUAGUGGACAAGUUACGGAUAUUAAAGAUAAAGGGUAAAGAGGUGCCCGAGACGUUGGAGAUCGCCCUGGUGCCUUUUAAGAAGUCCAAGGGGCAGUACCCGGGGAUUUUUAUGUUCUCGGGACCGGCCCGGAUGAUGCGACCGUUGAUGAAUUUGUAUUUGAAUAAGAUCGAACUGGUGGGCACUUUUGAGCAGGUUUACUUGGACAUUUGCGUUUGUCCCGAGGAGGCUUACAAAGGGGUGACGACUCACAUGGAACUAUCGAAAACCUCCUUUUUAUCCAACUUGGCGCAGCUCAUUCCCAUGCCCGACUGUAACCAAUCCCCUAGGAACAUGUAUCAGUGCCAAAUGGGUAAACAAACUAUGGGCACCCCAUGCCAUAAUUGGGACUUACAGUCGGAAACGAAACUUUACAGGUUACAAACCCCCAGUACCCCUCUGUUCAGACCGGUGCAUCACGACGAAAUCGACUUGGACGAUUUCGCUAUGGGUACCAAUGCUAUCGUCGCAGUUAUCAGCUAUACGGGUUAUGACAUGGAAGAUGCCAUGAUAAUCAAUAAAGCGUCCGAGGAAAGAGGUUUGGCCCACGGUUCGAUAUACAAAUCGGAGUUUAUAGAGCUGGAGCAUGAGGAGAGUUAUUUUGCAAGAAACCCUGAUAAACCCGAGCUGGCCUCAAGCCUUGACGCCGACGGUUUGCCUUUUAUUGGCCGAAGAAUGGAGGAAGGGAAGCCGCUCUAUUGCUACUUUGACGGCGACAAAUCGACAUAUCAAGUGCGCACUUUUAAAGGAAAAGAAGACUGUUACCUGCACAGCGUGAAGAUGUGCGGCGAUUUUAACGCGAAGGCCAAAAAGACCGUUUGUUUCACUUAUAGGGUGCCCAGAAACCCCAGUGUAGGCGACAAGUUCGCCAGUAGGGCGGGCCAGAAGGGCAUUUGCUCCCAAAAGUGGCCCUGCGAGGAUUUGCCCUUCACGGAAACCGGUUUGGUGCCCGAUAUUGUGUUUAACCCCCACGGAUUUCCUUCGCGUAUGACGAUCGCGAUGAUGAUCGAACUAAUGGCCGGGAAAUCGGCCGCUUUACACGGUUUAGUGCACGACGCCACUCCUUUUAAGUUUACGGAGGACGAUACGGCGAUUGAUUACUUUGGAAGACUUUUGGAGUCCGGUGGUUACAACUAUUAUGGUACUGAGACGCUUUAUUCCGGAAUAGACGGUAGGGAGAUGACCGCUCGGAUAUUCUUUGGGGUGGUACACUACCAGAGGUUACGUCAUAUGGUGUCAGAUAAAUGGCAGGUAAGAUCAACGGGUCCUAUGGACGUAGUAACCAGGCAACCGAUAAAAGGAAGAAAAAAAGGGGGCGGGGUCCGUUUCGGUGAGAUGGAGCGAGACGCCCUGAUUAGUCACGGAACUUCCUUUUUGCUGCAAGACCGUUUACUGAACUGCUCAGAUAAAACCAACGUUCAUAUAUGCACGAAAUGUGGCUCGCUUUUAGGCCCCAUCACGUUGGUGACAAGGAAGCACGAUAAACCCCACUUGAACGAUACGAGGGACACGUGUAAACUGUGCGGCAGAAGUCAGGGCAUAGCCGAGAUUCAGAUUCCGUAUAUUUUUAAGUUUUUCGUCACCCAGUUGGCGUCUUGUAAUAUAAACGUUAAAAUAGGCUGUGAAAAUGUGUGAUGAGACCUUUUUACACCACAAUGAUGUGAACUUUAUAUACGAAAUAAACGAGGCAUGGCGAACGUUU